AUUCAAGUCGAUUCUAUUUUUUUUUUCAAUUUCCCAAACCUUCUCCUCAGUAUCAUUUUAAAACUUAAAUAUCCGCGAUAGCUUAACGGUGUUUGAUGUAAGUUGUUGAACCAGUUUGGGAAAUAGCAGCGUUUUAGUAACAAAAGUGUAAAAGCUGCUUCGGUGAGGAUAAACGAGAGGAAAACGCAGGAGGAGGGAAAAAAAAAGGAAAAGAAACGAAGGAAAUCCCCCGAAAGGAAAUGCCAAUCGCAGCCGCUGGACAGCCAACGACUCAGGAGCCUAGAGUUUGCCCCCGGCUGCCCUCCACCCCGGAGCCUGUCCCUAAAGGGGCUGAUUUAUUCGACGAGGCGGGGGCGACAGAGUCUGCGGAGCGAAUAGAGUACGGGGGCGCGGAGGGGGGCAGAGGACUCGGGGGCUAUAGUUACAGCCAAAGCGGCGCGAGGGGCUUUGUACAGCCCGGAUCUACCAACGGCUCUCCGCCGCAGUCCCCAGCCGCGUCCUCCUCUUUUCUCUUCCACCCCCUUCACCCCCACCAAAUGGCCAUGGAACCUCCAAGGACUCGAUCUCGUUCUCGGUCUGGAUAUUAUCAGUCCUGCGGUGUUGGGAAUGGCAAUGGAAUAACCGGCAGCGCAGUUAUGGUAUCUAACCACCACCAUCACCACCACCAUCAUCAGCAGCAACUACAUCCACAGCAGCAGAACGGUGCCGGUUGCGCACCACUUGGAACUCACAGCAGCCACUCGGAGAACCAGCAGCGAUCCCCAGGAAGUAACACCUCUCCCGGCAUUCAGAGGCUGUCUUCUGUUCCCGGAGCGCACCGCAUCCCAGCGGCAGGAGCCUCUGGCAGGCCCUACCACUGCCACCCAGACCAUGCGUAUGGAGAAGAGAGUGAUAAGAGUGAGGAAAGCCCCAGUCCAAAGCGCCAGAGGCUGUCCAGUCAGUCCGUCUUGGAACAGCUAACCUCAUCUGCACCCCCGCCAUCCACCCCUUCUCCUCCCAUCCGCCCCUGGGAAUCAGGACCCCAAAGUCGGAGACAGUCUCAUCCUCACACACACUACCACCAGGAGAGAUGCCUCACUCCUGCCCGGCACAGACGCAGUCCACCAGCAAGGCGUCAGCGUGGCCGUCUCUCCAGACCCUCCCGUCACCUGCCUCCUCAUCACCCCACCACCCAAGGCCCUGUAUCUCGCCUGGCACCGUCGGAUCUCCGAGACGAAAACUACCACCACAACCUGCAUCCCUCCACUCAACAGACAUACCCAGCACACACUCCCAGCGCCUAUGGUCAGCCUCCCACAUCUGGUGGUGGAGGUGCAGGUUCGGAGGAGCCCCGAGCUUUCCAUCCCCCUACCCUGUCAUCGCGACUACUGCACCCGGCCACUCACCACCAUCACCACCACCAUCAUCAGCAACAGCAUCAUGCAACGCAACAGCAGCAAGGAACCAUGGUUAUGGACUUGCAUGAACAGCUGCAGCAGGGCACUGUACCUGUCUCCUACACGGUGACCCCAGUCCCUCCUCACGGUCUCACAGCACCUUUGUGUAGCAGUCAGCAUCUUCCGCCUACCUGCUCCUCACAACAACAGGUCCCUGCCUGCAGCGUGGUCUUCAGCACUGGACAACACUACCACCCGAUGCUACAGGCAUGUUCAAUGCAACAUUUGCCGGUGCCCUAUGCCUUUCCCUCCUUGCUGUCCAGUGAUCCUCAGUUCCUGCUUCACCCUCCGCCUCACAUCUCUCACCACCCGCCCCACCUCACUGCACCUGGACAGUUCCUGCCUUUCCAGACGCAACAGCCGCGUUCGCCCUUACAGAGGAUCGAAAAUGAGGUUGAGCUUCUGGGAGAACAGCUUUCAGUGGGUGGAGGUUUCAGCUAUGCCCACCAUCACCAUCACCACCAUCACCACCAGCCACCCUCUGCCCUGCCGCCUUCCACACCACUCCAGUUCCUUUCACACCAUGACCCCCUGUCACAGGAGCUUUUUACAGUGCCCUAUCCUCACUUUAUGCCUCGCCGAUUUGCAAGCCGGCGUUACCGUUCUCAGCAGGCUGUGCCCCCAUCUCCCUACCACCCCAGCUUCCUGCCUUACUUCUUGUCCAUGCUUCCUGUGCCUCCAAAUGUGGCCCCUGCUAUCAGCCUAGAGCUGGAUGUGGAUGAUGGAGAGGUGGAGAACUAUGAGGCCCUGUUGAACCUCGCAGAGCGUCUAGGUGAGGCCAAGCCCAGAGGUCUAACUAAAGCAGAUAUAGAACAGCUUCCAUCAUACAGGUUCAACCCCAACAACCAUCAAUCUGAGCAAACACUGUGCGUGGUAUGCAUGUGUGACUUUGAGUCUCGCCAGCUUCUUAGGGUAUUACCCUGCAAUCAUGAGUUCCACACCAAGUGUGUCGACAAGUGGCUUAAGGCUAACAGAACCUGUCCUAUCUGUCGAGCCGAUGCCUCCGAGGUACAGCGGGACUCUGAGUGACCUCCUAUAAAUAUCCACAAUCCCUGACUCCCUGUUGGAUGCACCAACCAAUCAGUGACUUCCUUACCCCUUUACCACAAGCCUUCGCUUACACAUAACUGGGACCAGUGCUCAUUAAUCCUUCUCUCUUUAUCCCACUGACACUGAACAGUAAUUCUCACCUGGGAUCAGCAUUUAUAGAAGUGUGGAGACUUUUUGCUGACUUGUGCUUACUUUAUCACUGGACUUCAUAGGCCUUCCGUUUUUGGACUAUUAGACCCUGCUACCCUGCCUUCUGCUGAUGGUUACUGCUCACAAUGAAUGGCCUUUAAAAACACACCCACACACAGUGUCAUAUGCGGUUGGGCGCAUGUGUGUGUAUUUUUUUUUUUUUUCUUCUGUUAAUGGCAUUACAAACCCUCUGAAUUGUGAACUGUUCAGUUUUGUAGGUGACAGAGAAAAGAAAAGGCUUAUUUGGAAACCGUCUGUAUAGUUGUACUAAUAAACACUGAGGGAAAAUUGGCAGUCCAAAGAUUACAAUAAUUUCUUUGUUAUUCUUCUGGUUAUUAUAAGGUGUGCAGAGACUGUCCUGUUUAACUCGACUCAUUGUAAUUGUUCAACAGAAUGAGCCAGUUUAAUUUCUCUGUGUGUUCUUGCAUUCCUUGGUGUCAGAGCAGUCUGUAUAGGGUGAAGCAAAGAUACUGUACACUGUGUGACAAAGAGUGAGCUGCUUUGGAACAGUGAAAAAAAUACUUUAUUUUGUCUACCUGAGUGUCUGUGUGCAAGUGUGUGUGUGUGUGUUUUCGCACUCUGCUCUUUUGUGUGGGUGUGAGUAGUAGUAUUUACGCAGUUCAUGUGGUACAGUGUAUUUACUUCCUAAAUUGUUUCCACUCUGCUACAGAUUGAUUUAGACCCUCUGAAGGUCAAAGGUCAUUUCAGACCUUUAAAACCAAGGUUCUUAGGAAGUCGACAGUGUUUUUGUGUCAUAUUUCUUUUUUUUUUUUUAAACCACACGUUAGAUCUUUGACUCCAUAUCUGUCCCCUCUAUAUUGUUCUUCUCUGAAACAAGUAAAAGCUAAGGCUUUUUUUUCUUUAAAUACAGAUUCACCAGUGUUUCAACUCACUAAGCUCUCCUCCACCGCAUAUUUUUUUUGACUAUGGUUGAAUUUAAUAAAAUUUCACACGAUUUUCAUCCAUCCUCAGUUUGCUAUUUUUUUCAUGGGAAUACGGUAUUUUAAAAUGUGACUGUAUCCGUUUUUGGUACCUUUCUGCAGUUUUGGCAGGUAGCGAUCCCGAUGAUUUCUCCAUCUCUGACAGGGAGCAAAUUUAAAGAGUCUUAUAGGGUCACAGCUAAGUCUACUGUGGUUCACUGGUGGAUUUUACACUUCAGCACUUUAAUAUGUAGAUUUAUGACCUAUACACACUCUUUUUAUUCUUAACAAACCACGUGAAUGCAUUAAAAAAUAUACAGUUCUUCACAUGGUCAUAUUCCAGUAUUUACCACACAAUAUGUCAGUCCUUUCAUGUUCCCACUGCACAUCUGUUUAUUUCCGAAGGGGUUUGGGUCUCUGUAUCUUAAUAAGGACAUAAUGUAACUUAAACACCUCAACCACAAAUCAGGCUUUAUAAUUUAAUCCCAACUGGUGUUUUAUUUCAAGAUGACAACCAAAAGAAUCCAUAAACAGCAGAGAGAAAGUUCAGCCAGGCACCUCCUGUGUCUUACGUCUGAGAUGCCUUUUUAUACAACUUCAUUUUCUCCUGGUACAACUUGUAUCUCAUCGCUGUUUCCACAUCAGAUGGAAACAUUAAUUCAAACUGGAUUGAUCAAUAUCUGGGAAGAACGUUUUUUUUUUAAUACAUAACACUUCUGCAGUGUUAUCAGAUGUUGGAAAAAAAAAAAAAGAUUGUUUAAACCAUGGGAAUUAAAGUUUUUUUUUGCUUAUUCAUUUCUGUAUGCAUUGUAUCUUAGGAUUGUUUUGUUUUGGACAGUUUUUUGUUGCUUGGUACACUAGCAAUUACCUCAGUCCCACUAUUUAUGUCUUUUCAGAAAUGGCGCAACCAGUAUGCUUAGGUGUGUCUCUGUUCAGUUUCCAUGCAAUUUGCUGGGUUGUUUGAUAUUUUUCCUUCAAACUCUAUGAAACUUUCAUUAAAGUGGUGUCAUAGUAGUUUCAUUAUGUACUAUAUCUGUAACCAAAAUCAUUUGAAGGCCUGUUGAUGAUAAUGAAAUUUUUAACAAACAUUUGUACAUUUUGUAUGAGAGUUAUUACUAGUAAUACUUUAUUAAGUAGUGCAAUGAUUUUUUUUUUUU